AUGAAGCACUCCCAGCAGAACGGCCUGCGCGCCUGCUCCUCGGAGAAGCCAAGUGGCUUGGCUCCAGACGGGGUCCAGGACACACAGGAGCUGGCAGUCUUUCCGAGAGAAAUGCUCUCGUUGGUAGCUCACCACGGCCUGCCGGCGGCAGCACUGCCCUCAGCCAGCUUCUGCUGCCUCUCGAGCUGUUCUGUGCUGGCCGAGCCGCUGCGCUUCUGGUGGAGCAGCACGGCCGAUAUUAUUUCAACAGUUGAAUUUAAUUACUCUGGUGAUCUUCUUGCAACAGGAGACAAAGGUGGCAGAGUGGUUAUAUUUCAAAGGGAACAAGAGAAUAAAAGCCGUCCUCAUUCUAGGGGAGAAUAUAAUGUUUACAGCACCUUUCAGAGUCACGAGCCUGAGUUUGACUACUUGAAAAGUCUAGAAAUUGAGGAAAAAAUUAAUAAAAUUAGGUGGUUACCACAACAGAAUGCUGCUCAUUUCCUGCUGUCUACAAAUGAUAAAACUAUUAAAUUAUGGAAAAUAAGUGAAAGGGAUAAAAGAGCCGAAGGUUAUAAUUUAAAAGACGAAGAUGGAAGACUUAGGGAUCCUUUCAGAAUCACAGCACUACGGGUGCCAAUAUUGAAACCCAUGGACCUAAUGGUAGAAGCGAGUCCCAGAAGGAUAUUUGCAAAUGCACAUACUUACCACAUAAACUCUAUUUCAGUCAAUAGUGAUCAUGAAACAUACCUUUCUGCAGAUGACCUAAGAAUUAACCUAUGGCAUUUAGAAAUCACAGAUAGAAGUUUUAACAUUGUAGAUAUUAAGCCUGCUAACAUGGAGGAGCUGACAGAAGUGAUUACAGCUGCCGAGUUCCACCCUCACCACUGCAACGUCUUUGUCUACAGCAGCAGCAAAGGAACGAUCCGGCUCUGCGACAUGCGCUCCUCGGCCCUCUGCGACAGGCAUUCCAAAUUUUUUGAAGAACCUGAAGAUCCUAGCAGCAGAUCCUUUUUUUCAGAAAUAAUAUCAUCGAUAUCUGAUGUCAAAUUCAGUCACAGCGGUCGAUACAUGAUGACAAGAGACUACCUUUCUGUUAAAGUGUGGGAUCUCAAUAUGGAAAACAGGCCUGUAGAGACAUACCAAGUUCACGAGUACCUUCGAAGCAAGCUUUGUUCCCUUUACGAAAACGACUGCAUCUUUGACAAGUUUGAGUGCUGCUGGAACGGUUCUGAUAG